AUGUCGAUUAAAAACUAAGAGCCGGUUGAUGCUUCAUAUUAUUUAUACAAUGGUUCAUCGUUGUCGGAGUCGGAGCACAAAAUUCCCGGAAACCUACUCUCCUACGUGCCGUCGCCGACAACUUGCUUCGAAGACUCAUCGAUUGGAAAAAUACCCUAAGUUCUGAAUUCGGUAUUUUGAAGUUCCUUCUGUAAAAAGAGUUGAAACUCUUAUUUCAAAGAAUCCAUUUUCUUUCCGAGUGAUUAGCGAAAAACUCAAACUUCUCUUCACUGGUACUAUUGUUCUCAUCCUCUUAUGGAUUCGUAAUUCCCUCUUUCAUAGUUUCAAUUUGACGAAUUAUUGCAGAAGAAGGAGAAGAAAAAGGAAGAUAGGUACUUGCAUUACGUUCCUUGAUAGUUAAUUACGACUUCUCAGGUGCGCGGAUUUUGUUGAAUCAAUUGUGGGCUAUCGCUGAUUUUCAAUCAUAGGCUAGCGUGCUUCAUGCUCUUGCAUAUUCAGAAGAGUUUUAAGGGCAUUUGGGGUGUUCGUUGUAAAUCAAUUGCCUAUUUUCAUGUAUCCUCUCAAAGCUGUUUCAAUGGCCUCUCCCCUGCAAAUAUUUCGUAUCCGCUGGAACCUAAUAUCUCUGUAGGAGCUAGAGAUUUGCAACAAAGAGUACCAUCUGAAUUUCAGAAAAAAAUUUCAGAUGUUGACUUCAUCAUUGCUAAAGUUCAAGUGGGUAGCAGCGAGGAUGAGGUUUUUCAGUCUCUUUUGCAAGAUCCAGAGUGUAACAGCAUACGAUUCUCCCAUGAUCUUGUUUACAAGUUGCUCCAACGAUUCAAAGAUGAUUGGAAAUCUGCUUUGGGUGUUUUUAGAUGGGCAGAGUCACUCUCUGGAUUCCAGCACACACCAGAUUUAUAUGACAUUUUAAUCGAUACAUUGGGAAAAACAAAGCAAUUGGUUAAGAUGAGAGGUAUGCUUGAAGAAAUGAAGGAAGCUCGUCUUGUGACACUUGAUACUGUAGCUAAGGCCAUGCGAAGAUUUGCUGGUGCUGGACAAUGGGAAAAUGCUGCUAGGAUAUUUGAUGAUUUGGAAACUUAUGGGUUGGAGAAGAACACCGAAUCAAUGAAUGUGUUGCUUGAUACUCUGUGCAAAGAGAAGAAGGUCGAGCAAGCUCGACAGAUAUAUUUGGAACUCAAAUCACAUAUUGCCCCAAAUGCAAACACGUUUAACAUGUUCAUUCAUGGUUGGUGUAAAGUUAAUAGGAUUGAUGAAGCACAUUGGACCUUACAAGAGAUGAAAGGUUAUGGUCAUCGUCCUUGUGUUAUUAGUUAUUCAACGAUUAUUCUAUUUUAUUGUCAUCAUUGCAAAUUUAAUAAGGUUUAUGAGUUGCUGGAUGAAAUGGAUGCUCAAGGAUGCCCUGCAAAUGUCAUCACUUACACCACUAUCAUGUGCUCACUAACAAAGUCGGAAGAAUUCGAGGAAGCUUUGCAGAUUGCUGAAAGAAUGAAAUCUGCUGGAUGCGAACCCGAUACACUUUUUUAUAAUUGUCUGAUCCAUACAUUGGGGAGAGCAGGUAAAGUACGGGAAGCUAUUCGUGUAUUUGAAGUCGAAAUGCCAAGCAAGAGUGUUUUACCAAAUACAUCAACCUACAAUUCUAUGAUUUCCAUGUACUGUCGUCGUGCGCGAGAAGAAAAGGCUAGGAAACUGCUUGAGGAGAUGGAGAAAUCAGGGUAUUGUAAACCAGAUGUCCAGACAUAUUACCCAUUGAUUAAAUCCUGCUUUAGAAAUGGAAAGACAGACUAUGAUCUGAGCAAUUUAUUGGAUGAGAUGACAAAUAAACAUCACCUGAGUCUUGAUAUUUCAACCUAUUCCCUUCUAAUUCAUGGUCUUUGUAGAGCGAAUAAGUGUGAUUGGGCUUACCAGUUAUUUGAGAAGAUGAUUAGUCAAGAUAUAAAGCCAAGGUAUCUUACAUGUCAACUGCUUUUGGAUGAAGUUAAGCAGAAAAAUAUGGAUAAAGUUGCUGAUAGGAUUGAAGGUAUUAUGAAGAAACUGUGAGCUUACGAGUAACAAAACUGCGGUGUGAAAAAAGCAAGUCUACAAUUCUGGAUUUGCAUCACACGAUUGUCGUAUGAAGUUGACUGUGCAUGAUGUGGUUGAGUGUCGUCUUGAUUUUAAUUUGGUUGCAUGAGAGGCCAACGCUUUUUAUCACUUCCUUCAGAUCCGGAAGCAUAAGAAGUGUUGGUUUUGACAGGAAGUUCAGUGUUCAUGGUUUGGCAUAGUGGUAAAAGAAAAAGACAAAAUUUCAAUAAAUGGCAAAGAGAUUAUUGGUUCAA